GAGAAAUGUCUAAAUGCAAAUGUUUCCAACAUUCCAACUACAGCGGGCCAUAUAUGUAUCCAGCUAGUGUCAGUGUGUUGACAGGUUGGCAGGAGGAAAGUCAAAGCUGAUCUACCCAAAAGAAGAAGUGAUAUACAUGACUCACAGGAAGCAUCAUUAUGCUGUUAAGAAGCACCAGCACACAGACAGAAGUAUGAAAAGAACAGGAACACAAGAGAGAGAAACACAACAAUGGUUGGAUUCAGAUGGAUUCAAAUGUUUCUAUAUCUGAUACUGGUGCUUCAGUGUACAGCGGUAACUGAACAACUUCCCCUCUCCGUCACUGUCAGAGCUGGAGAUGAAGUCACUUUGCCUUGUGGAAAUGUGAUGAACGAUCAGCGUGAAUGUCACAGUAUUACCUGGAGCUUCAAUCGUUUACCUGGGAGAGGAGCAGCAGAUGUGGUUAUAGGAGGGCAGAUUGUUCAAAACUCUGUUGCAGAGAACUGUUCUCUGGUUAUAAAGAAUGUCACAGAGGAGGAUGUUGGUCGUUACCACUGCAUACAGCCUAAAAGAUCUGACGCUGUUGAUCUGUCUGUUGUUACCAUGACUGAACAGAAGGACAAUAAGAAUGUGACGUUAAACUGCUCUGUGUCAACAUAUGCUGGGUGUGGACACACAGUGAAGUGGCUGUAUCAUGGUAGAGAUGUGGGUAAAGAUAACAAAGACUUGAAGACAUCACAGUUUAACUGCUGGACCAGUGUGACCUUCAUGACUUCUCAUUUUAUUUAUACGUCAGAGGAUUAUUAUAAGAUAUUGAAGUGCAACGUGACAGAUCGUUACACUGGAAAAGUGAUCAUCUUUGGCCUUCAGUCUUCAGGUGAGAAAACAGGAGUGAACAAAACAGCACCUAGAAGCAACGAUUCCACCACAAAGCCACAACAAGGUUGGUGGUGGUUGUACAUCAUUGUGCCUGUGGGUUUAGCAGCACUCUCUAUAACUGUCGUGGCACUCAUCAGAAGGCGGAGAAAUAAAGGGAACAAAUCACACAAGAAAGAAAACGUGGAACUGUGCCUAAACCCUCCAGCGACUCAGUCUGCUCCAGAAACCAGUCAGAACACGGCUGAUCCUGAAGAUGGUGUUUCCUACGCCUCCGUCAGCUUCACCAAAAAGACCAACAGCAGAGACCAGGUUCGGGGAAGUGAGGAUGCAGUGACCUACAGCACUGUGAACGCUCCCUCCUCUUCUGGAUCCUCGGCUGAUCCCAGCAACCUCUACGCCACCGUCAUCAAAACAAACAAUAGCACAGUAUAGUUAUAAUUAAGAUGAUUACAUUAAUUUUACCUGGAUUGUUCACAAGUUAAAGCGCCCAUAUUAUGCUCAUUUUCAGGUUCAUAACUGUAUUUUAAG